UUAGAUCACUUCACUCCUCUAUGUCAGUCUCCUAACCUGUAAACCAAUCAUCUACCUCCUCUCUUCCACCAAAAAAAAUGGAGAUCUCAGCAGAAUACUACUACUUCGCCAUCGCCCUCUGCUUGAGCUUCCUCGCCUACAGAUUCCUCGGCCGUUGGAUCAAACACGAUUCUCCCCUGCCUCCAUCUCCCACAGCGCUCCCAUUAAUCGGACAUCUCCACCUGGUCAAACCCCCGCUCCAUCUCUCCCUCCAAAACCUCCUCUCCCACUACGGCCCAAUCCUCUCCCUCAAAUUGGGCCGCCGCCGGGCCCUCGUCCUCUCCUCCCCUUCCGCCGUCGAGGAAUGCUUCACCAAAAACGACGCCGUCUUCGCCAACCGCCCCAAAACCAUGGCCGGCGACCACUUCACCUACAACUACAGAGCCUACGUCUGGGCUCCGUACGGCGACCUAUGGCGGGCCCUCCGCCGCCUCACCGUCGCCGAGAUAUUUUCCCCGAAGACCCUCCUCAGAUCCGCCGCCGUCCGCGAGCAAGAGGUCUUCGCCCUGCUCCGCCGCCUGGGUAGAGCCGAAAUCUCCGGCGGGGGGGCGGCACCGGUGGAUCUGAAGUUUCUGCUGUCCCUUCUGGCGAUUAACGUCAUGAUGAGGCUGGCCGUCGGGCGGCGGUGCGCGGAGGAGGAAGAGGCCGGGACGGAGGAGGAGAGGGGGAAAUUUCAGGAGUUUAAGGAGAAGUUCUUCCCCAGCUUGGGGAUGAACAUUUGUGAUUUCGUUCCGAUUUUGAGGGCGGUUGGGUUCAAAGGGAUCGAGAAGAAGAUGGUGAAAUUGAGGAAAGAGAGAGACGAAUACUUCCGGCGCGUGGUGGAUGGAGUUGUGGAAAGGCGGCAUCGUCGUCGGGGAGAAGGUGAUUCGGGAACUGGGAGCGACGGAGAAGAGGUGAGAUCGGUGGCGGAGAUAAUCUUGUCUUUGAGAGAGUCCGAUCCGGAGUUUUACUCCGACGACGUGGUUAAUGGUUCUAUUGCGAUGAUGUUUGUUGCGGGAACAGAGACCACAUCGAUCACUCUGGAAUGGGCAAUGACGCUUCUCCUGGAUCACCCACGGGUUAUGCAAAAGCUGAAGGCGGAGAUAGACUACAACAUCGGCCACGAGCAGCUGCUAAACGAGCGCGACACCGCCAAGCUUCCUUAUCUGAAAUGCGUGAUAAACGAGACUCUGAGACUGUACCCUCCGGCUCCACUGCUCUUACCUCACUGCUCUUCCGAAAACUGCACAGUGGAAGGGUACCAAGUUCCGAAGGACACGACGCUGAUGGUCAAUGUCUGGGCGAUGCACAGGGACCCGAAGCUGUGGGACGAAGCCGAUAAGUUCGUGCCGGAGAGAUUCGAAGUGGUGGAUUCGAAGGAGGACGCGGCCGCCGUCGGUGAAGGGUGCAAGUACGCUCCGUUUGGAAUGGGGAGGAGAGCUUGUCCUGGUGCUGGGAUGGGGAUGAAUUUGGUGUCUCUGGCUUUAGGGUCGUUGAUUCAGUGUUUUGAAUGGGAAAAGGUUGGGGUGGAUGUGGAGGACAUGACUGCUAAAAUUGGGAUGGCUUUGUCGAAAAGUAAGCCUCUAGAGGCUAAGUGUAGUCCCCGCCGUGAUAUAGGUGAACUUUUAUCCCAUGUUUAGCACAUUGUAGUAACACAUAUUUGAGAUUUAUAUAUAAAAAAUGUAGGGUUAUCU